AUGGAUAGAACAUGGAUGGUUGCGGAUAGGAGAUCUCGGCAAUAUAAAUUAGGGGUGACACAGUUCUGUAAAUUUGCCUUGGAUAAUGCUAAAGACCCUAACCAUAAUUGUUGUCCUUGUACAAAAUGUGGAAAUGUUGACUACUUUUCCGCUUCUAUAAUAAGGGACCAUCUAUUUGUAAAUGGUAUUGAUGCGAGUUAUGAUAAAUGGAAUGAGCAUGGGGAGGCCAUAUUGGAUUCAGCAGCUGAUGAAUCUACUGAUGAUGCAGCAGUAGAUUCAUAUUCACAUAGUUCUUACUCUGUGAACCGCAAUGAGAUACCUGAUUAUGAAUUAGGAUUAGGUAGUGAUGCAGACAUAGAAAGUGAUGAGUGUAACGAGUUUAGACAGUUUGUAGAUGAUGCUAAUAAACCGUUAUACCCUGGUUGUGAUAGGCACACAAGGUUGAAUGUUCUGGUGAGGCUUUACAACUUGAAAGCAAAGCACGGUAUGAGUGAUGUUGCUUUCUCUGAGUGGUUGAUUGCGUUUUCGGAGUUUCUUCCAGUAGGCAAUGAGAUACCUGCCUCUGUCUAUGAGGCAAAUAAGACAUUGAGUUCUCUAGGAAUGGAUUACACUAAAAUUCAUGCCUGCCCAAAUGAUUGUGUUUCAUAUAGAAAAGAGUAUAUUGAUGCAAUUAAGUGCCCUACAUGUGGUAUUUCAAGGUGGAAAGUAGGUAAAAACUUGAAAGAGAGGGAAGGCGUACCUGCAAAGGUACUAUGGUACUUUCCUCCUAUUCCUAGAUUCAAAAAAAUGUUUCAGUCAGAGGGUACAUGUAAGAGUCUGACUUGGCAUGCUACUGACAUAAAAUGCGAUGGCUUGAUGCGUCAUCCAGCUGAUGCAACUUCAUGGAAGUUAGUAGAUGAAAAAUGGCCAGAUUUUGGUUCUGACCCUAGAAACCUAAGACUUGCAUUGUCAUCAGACGGGUUCAAUCCCCAUAGUUCAUUAAGCAGCAAGUACAGCUGUUGGCCUGUUAUUCUGGUCGCAUAUAAUCUGCCUCCAUGGCUCAUAAUGAAGAGAAAACACAUGUUGUUAACUCUGUUGAUUUUUGGGCCUAAACAACCAGGAAAUGACAUUGAUGUCUACUUGGAACCUUUGAUAGACAACUUGAAACUGCUGUGGGAAGGAGUUAGUGGUGUCUACGAUGCAAGACAAAGUGAAUACUUUACACUUAGAGGUUUACUAUUCUGGACAAUCAACGAUUUUUCAGCUUAUGGUAACCUUUCUGGGAGUAUAGUUAAAGGGUAUAAUGCAUGCCCUAUUUGCCUUGAAAAUACAAAACCAACAAGACUAGUUAAUGGAGGGAAAAUGGCUUACAUCGUGCAUCGAAGGUUUUUAGGAAGAAACCAUCCUUAUAGAAGGCAAAAGGCUGCUUUCAACAACCUUCCAAAACAUUCUCCCCCUCCUGUUCCUUUGAGUGGGGAAGAAGUACUGCACAGGGUGGAGCAGGAAGUUCCAAAGUACCGUUUUGGGAAAAAAAAAUCAGCCCCCUCCUUACAAGGGUGGGGAUGA